AUGUCGGGCAGCAGCGAGAUGGAGAACACUGACAUGAACAACAUGAACAACACAGACGCGAAGAUCAAGACGGAUGCUCUCGGCGUCCUGCCCGAGUCGCUCAACGGCGGGACUACGGCCAACCGGCAGCUCAUGGCGCACAUUGGCCCGAUCCGCGCAGUGAUUGCCUCGAAGCUCGGAGUGAAGCUGGAUCACAUGCGCAUCUCCAACAAGAUGUGGAACGUGCUGAAAGAGCUCGAGGCAGAAGACCGCAUCAAUGCGGUCAAAAAAAUGGAGAAGGAGAAGGACAUCUACCGCGAUAUUUCCAGGGGCAAUUUCGUGGUCUACAUGUCCAAGGAGGCACAGAACGCUGGGGACUCCAGAACGCUCGAGGAGACGCUCGAGGACCGCGCUGCACGCAUCGAGAUCCCAAAGGAGGUGCUCGCCAAAAUUGACGCCUGCUGGCAGCUGGAGGAGCAGUACAAGAUUGCGUGUACGCAGCUGCACGAGGACAGUGACGCGGUGACGCUUGUUGCGGACGAGGACGGGGAAGACAAGUCUGUGACGGCCCCGGCCUUCACGGCCCUCUCGGAGCGCGCCAAGAUGAAAAAGCAGCAGGACCAGGAGGAGAAGGCCGCAAUGCAAGACGCGGACAAGAUCAAGAUCGAGCAGUUGCUCAAGUCGGAGGAGGCCGAGCUGAGCCUUCUCGAGGACAAGCUGGACGAGCAGCGGCGUCGGAAGACGAGCAUCGAUGACGAGCUGGGCAAGGAGAAGGACCAGCGCGACACGCUUGAGAAGGAGGCUGUCGCGCUCGCUCGUGUCGUUUUGAAGAGCGAGGGGCAGGAGGCGCGCGACAAGGAGCUGCGGAAGCUGCGGGUCAAGAACCUGGAGGCGAUCAAUGGGAAGGAGGAGGAGGCCACAAAGCUCGAGGACUCCAUCAAGCAGUACAAGAAGGAGAAGGCCGAUCGCGAUGCGAACAUCGCAAAGUAUCGCGGCAAGAUCGUUCAGAAGCGCCCUGCGGCGAGCUCGGAACAGGGGGGGAAGAAGCAGAAGAUGUGA